AUGGGUCAGGCAUUUCGUCGAGCAACUGGAAGGAUCAGCAGCUCGGGAGUCGAUACCACGCCUUCAGUGUCGUCGAAGGUCAAGAAACCCAUUGGCGAAAACCCACCUGCGGUUCCUAGUGUAAAGGUUCCCAUUAAUGACGUUGAUUCUGAGGAUGCAGCUAGAGCGAAUGCAGAAAAUGUCCUUGAAGAGCGAGAUCCGGGAUAUGAUGCUAUGCUUAGUCAAAUGGUGGGUAGAAUUCAAUCAAAGCCUGGAGGAAAGUUUGAGAUGGGUGAGGCCUCUUUGGUGGAGACGUACAAAAGGCCUUUUCCUAAACUAAGGAAUACGACACCAGAUUCCAGCAGAUACGAGGCAAGACCUGCUCCUCCCGGAACCCUAAAUGUGGCACAAAUACGCCAAAUCAUCCUGCUGCACCAAGGCAAGGCUGAUGUUCAUGAUGGUCCUAUGGAUAUUCCUCAAAUUGCUGAGAGGUUCCACGUCGAUGCUGCCCAAGUUCGAAGGAUCAUCCAGUUCACAGCACUUCCUCCAGAGGACAGUAGUAAAAGAAAAGACGACCAAUGA